GUUUUUUUACGACCAUAUUAUAAAGAAAAGGGUAUUAACUACCACUAAUUUAUAAAUUGUGAUGUUUUCAGUAUCUGUUUAAUUUAUAUAUCGUAUUGUUUAGGUAUUACUUAUAGGUACUUUUUUUGCGCUGAGAGAGUAUCUGUCCCCCUCCUUUCUAGUAUGGCACGAAAUAGCUUACGCAAAGGGACUCUUUCGUCCGUAAAACCAAGUCUUGAAGACCUUAAUGACACUUCGGAGGAAGAUUAUGAGGUGGAAGACGUUAUGUCUGAAGUAGAAAGCACUGAUGAAGCAAAUGACGAAAGCGAAGAAAAAACGGACUUGGAAAGUACACAAAGACAAUUAAAAUCUAUUCCGUUUUCAGAGCUUUUGGAAGCUCAAAGGGCCUUGAAAAGCGAAAAAGUCAAAUUUACACAAAAAAAUGGAGCGAAGUUAUCGAAAAACAGAAGAAGACAUGAGUCACCGAGUGACAGCGAAGAUGAUGAUGAUGACAGAAACGACAGAAGCAAACAUGCUCCUGUAGAAAUGUCUAGCAAACGAGCCGUUCCAAGAUUUCGCGAAGUUGUUCAUGUACCGAAGCCUCUCAGGCGCGACCCAAGAUUCGAUACUCUUUCUGGUAACUUAAAUGUCGACAAGGUGAAAAAUAACUACGGUUUCGUUAUGGAAUAUCGCUUAUCAGAAAUUAAGCAGCUCGAACAAGAGUUGAAGUCUUGUCGUGAACAAGAACGCCGUGAACGGAUAAAAGAAGCCCUUAAAUCACUGCGGUCCAAGCUUGAAAGAAGAAAAGAGGAUGAACGGACUGCUAGGGUCUUAAAAGAACAUCGUCAAUCAGAGAAGGAAAAGAUUCGCCAAGGCAAAAAGCCCUUUUAUCUCAAAAAGUCUGAGCAGAAGAAGCUUUUGCAACUUGAUAAAUACAAAAGUAUGGAAGGCACGAAGGCGCUGGAUCGCUAUAUGGAAAAGAAACAAAAGAGACGUGCCCAGAAAGAAAAGAAACGUUUGCCUCGUGCAAGACCAGACAGAGCAUAAACACGCUCAGUCAUUUCUUUUACUUUCAAUUUCGUUUUGGAGCAUUGGUGCAUCACUUUUCAUAUUUGUUAAUGCAGUGC